CAGUUUACUCUCAACAUGCGAGGAGUAUACUGGAUAUUCCUCUGCUUAGCCCUGGUGCUUCAUGUCACUGCACAAGAUGAAGAAGCUCCUCCAGAAGAAGGAGGAGAAGAGGGGGGAGAAGAGGGGGGAGAAGAAGGCGGAGAAGCUGAAGCUGGGGGAGAAGAAGGUGUAGAAGAGGGUGGAGAAGAGGGUGGAGAAGAGGGCGGAGAGGAAGAAGGUGGCGAAGAGGGAGGAGAGGAAGGAGGAGAAGAAGGAGGUGAAGGGGAAGAAGGUGCUCCUGAGGAUGAUGCAACAGCAGAUGAAGGUACAGAAGCAGAAGGCGAAGAGAAUUGUGAGAUAGAAGAAACCGAUGCUGAGGCAGAAGGGGAUGACAUUGAUGACAUCCUUGCACUAGGAGGGGAGAAGAAAAAAUGCAAACCCAAAGCUGAGGGAUCUGGCGAAGGCUCUGGAGAAGAAGAACAAUCAGGAGCUGACGCGUUGGCAACUGCAGUUGGGGCCACAUGUGACAAGGAGGGAAUGGAUGAGAAGGUUGCGGAAUGUAUGACAGGACUUGAAAACCGAGUAAACGAAUUGAUGACUGCAAUAAUGGGCCCUGAAGGAGGCGGUGGCACACUUGAAGAUAAAAUCACAUUGGUUUUAGUGAAGAAGGGUGUUAUAAGCUGUGAGGAUGAAGCCCAGUGUGAUGAUAACAAGCAAUGCUUAAAACAACCUGAUGGUAUGUCAAAAUGUCAGAAUCCCUGUGAAAGACCAGAAAUCAUCAGAUGUGAUGUUCCAUUCUCUGAGUGUAUAACAGAAGACCAUAAACCAAUGUGCAUGUGCAAAGAGAAUUUUCAUGGGAAUGGAACAGAUGUUUGUAUUCCAGAGGGAUUCAAUACUGAGGAGAACAAGAGAGGAUAUAGGAUGUUUGAUGAGGAGUAUGUAGAAUGGGAGAAUGCAACACAGAAAUGUCAGGAGCUAGGAGCACGACUUCCAGUUCUCUCUGAUCCAGAAACAAUAAAGAUUGUUAAAAAAUAUCUAGAUGAGGCUGAUUUUGAAGUCUUUGAGCAAUGGGACCGUAGCUCUAGAAGAGUUUGGCUUGGAUUACAAUAUGAGCAAGGCAGUGGGCUAGUAUGGGCAGAUGGACAGAGGAUAGUAUACUAUCCAGCUUCAUCCAGACUUUUCGUUUGGGAAUCCAGGAGACUUCUAACCCAAGAAGCAACUUAUGCUGACAACAGUAGACACUAUGGAUUCUAUAUUGAUGGAGAUAUUGCUAAACUUCCUGGAGGAGGUAGGAAAGGAGCAGCAGUACUAUGUGAGCUGCUUCCUGAUCAGUUAGCACAAGAUAAAAGCAAGCAGCCUCAGCAACAACAACAGUAUGGACAGCAAUCUCAGCGGCCCUAUGAGCAGCAGAGACAACAAAAUUCAGGAGGGAGAGGUAGAUAUCCAGGAUAUCCAUCAACUGAUAAUGACGGUGGAUAUCCAAACUAUCCAUCAGGACGAAGAUGAAGUCCCCGAGGUGUGUCCAGGCCCCGGACGUAGAGCGGAAACAGACAAUAUUAUCUAAUAUCUUCUUGUUAAGACUAAUUGUGUUUAUUCAACGGGUCAGAUGUGUUUACUGUCUAAAGACAUAUUAAAAUGUCCAAAAAUAAAAUAAAAAAUUUAAAAUAUA